GGCCCAGGUGUCCCUAUACAGCCUCUAGUGAACCAACCUAGGGUAGGGUGGAUCGACAAAACCUACUUGAAAACUGCGCUAGGCAUCAUGAGAGAUUUGGAGUUUGUAAGUAGUUGAAGGAUAUGGAGGGGUUUUAUUUUAACGAAUGAUAUCGGAUUGACAGGGGUUUUGAUUUAAAACUUUGCUCGAUCCAAGUAGUAUCAUAUUUGGAUUUCCAUGUGUAGAUGCUUUUUCUUCUACCCUCUUUCUAAGUUAGAAUUCAUUAAGAAGCCUCGUUGGAACACCACUUGUGGUGCUCUCUUGCUCUUUUACGGCUUUGUACCAACAACCAAAGAGUGAUGGUCAUAUUCAUUGUUCAUGAGUGUACCUUAUCCUCUUACACAGUUCUUAUUGUUCGCCUGGCCAUGUGGUGUUGUUUACUCAAACCGUACUUUCGGUUUGGAUGGUCGAGCAACGUUCUUCGCAGGAGUCUCUACAUUUUGUUGGGUAAUGGUGAUAGUCCUCCAAAUUGUGUUAAUGCUUGGCAUCCACAAAGACCAGCGAUACUUGAGGACACCAUCAUAUUCCACACUGAUAGUGAGUAUUGCAGCUAAUUCAUUCUGAUAAUUCAUGAAUGUGAUACGAAUACAAGGCCGUUUUCAAGAUGCCCAAAGACUCUCGCUGAAAUCGAGUAAGUGUUCGUGUGAGGCCUCUGAAAGGUGCUGAAACAAAAAGCAUCCUCAUUCUUGUGCUUCCGAUACAAACCAUUUUCACACGAAAGAUUUUGCGCUCUUGACUUUUACAACUCAGAGUAAUAUUUUAGGUCACUGGUCGGGUAAAGGGACAACUAGCACCAUCUAUAAAUAUUCGCCAGAAAAUGGCCAUCAAGUGAGUGAGGAUAAAAUCAUAGCAGCUUAGAACUUUGAAGGAAUGUUUGACCAACUAAGUAAUUAACUUAAAAGGUUCUUGUAUAUUAAACUACAGAUUAUUAACAGGAAUUAAAGAACUGUGGAAGGCUGCACACUUGACUAUCUCAGUUGCACAAAAUACAGCCAGUCACUCGGCAGAUAUAUUGCCUUGUACUCAAGAUGUCUGACUCUCUCUCAGGCUUCUCCCCUUUAGAAACGAGAUUGUAAGGCUGUAAUUUUGACGUUUAGGCGGAAAACUACACGUUGUUGCUUUUUUAUUGUUGUUAUUGGCGAUAGAAUGUUUAAAACUAAUCUUUUUCUGCUCUAACAAGUCAAAAACACCUGUUCUUUUCUCGUAGGUUUCAGCUGUACUUGUCCUCAUGGCCAUACUUCUUAUCGCUAGCACUACAAGCCUGAUUAUGGCCGGUGUCGACUUGUAUAAUGCUGACGUGAUAUAUACGGUGAAGGCAGACCUGGUGACGACUUAGCAAUGCAUUGCUAAUUAUCGCCUUGGUACGUUAUUUUACCAUUUUCCCGAAAUCUAAAUAUUGUCUUGGUGAGCAGAAUGAACAAAUCAUGCAGAGUGUCCUGUUUACUGACGAAUGACGAAUGGAAGCAUGAGCGAAUGCUAGGGAUGGGUCUCGGGAUCCAACCCACACCCAUCCUCCCGAGCCAUUAGACAUGUUAAUUUUUUUAACUACCUGACAAACACUGGCAAUUAUUAUACUCUCUUAGCGUCGACUGAUCCCUCCUCUGCUCCCUCUUGACACUUUAACUCCCAUAAGUGACCAAGACAGAUUUCUCCUUACAAUAUCAAUACAACAUCGAGCAGACAAGUGAUGGAAAUAUAGAAAAUUCAAUUAGGGAACUAUUAGUUGAUCCAAUACCAAAUUCUCCAAACUAACAUCACAAGAACUUUAUGGCAGACAGUAAGGAGAAUAACUAAUGAGAUCUUGGGAGCUAAAGGAUUAAAUACAGAUGAUCUUCCCCAAGCUCCUCCGACCAUGCUAUGAAAACUGGAAUAUGCUCUCGCAAUAUUAUUUGGCCAAUAAUUUUUAAAGAUUGAAUAUACGAAAAAACUUACAAACACAUAACAAGCGGGUAAACUAAAGCUGGCUUAAUUGACAAAAAAUAUCUUUCAUGAAGUUUCUCCCUUCAUUUUACAGUUAUGUGGUUCGUUGACCUGUUUGAGUUUCCUG